AUGUGUGCUACUCUUGGUUUGGUGCCAGUGAUUCGUGCUUCCAAAGACAAUGCUGCGGAACAAAUUGCAAUUAGGCUUGAUCAAAAACUCCGAGACAACUUACGGGAUGCACGCAAUAAUCUCUUCGCCUUUAAAAGUGUUCGAGCUGGGCAACUUAGUAGCUCUCGUCCUGUACUUAUCAUUGCGGAUAGAUCUGCGGAUUUGGCAACAAUGCUUCAUCACACUUGGACAGAUCAAGCUUUGGUUCAUGAUGUACUUGGGCUUGAUCAGAAUCGAGUCAGCAUGCCGGACAAGGGCAAGAAGGUGGACUACGGUUUGCAUUGUGGACACGAUCGUCUUUGGACGCAGCAUAAGGGGAAAUGCUUUUCCGCUAGUCGC